AUGGCAACAAUAUCUAAUAGUGGCACAACAAAACAAAAACCACGAUUAGAUCUUAAUGGACACUCAUAUGUAAUGGACAGAUCAACAAGUGUAAAAACUUAUUGGCGUUGUAUAAAAUUUUAUUCACAUCAUUGCCGAUCUCGUCUUCAUACAUGCAUUAUUACAAACAAUAUUGUUAAAUCACCAACAGAUCAUACAUGUACAUUUGAUGGUACAACACUUGAAUGUCGUAAAUUUGAUGACCAAAUCAUUUCUCGUACACUUAAUACUCAAGAACCACCUGAUACUAUUAUUACACAUUGUUAUAAAGGACUGUCUGAUCCAGCAUUAACUCGUUUACCAACACGUGAUAAUAUUAAACGAAGAAUUAGAAAGUUGCGGCAAGAAAAUGCUAUUAUUCAAGCACCAAAUGAUCCAAAUUUUACAACUGUUCCUGCUCAAUUAAUUAAAACUAUUCGUGAAGAUCAGUUUUUACGUUGUGACACAGGACCUGGUGAUGAUAGAAUAUUAAUAUUUUCCAGCGACGAACAAAUUAAUAUUCUCCAGACAACACAAGAUUUUUUAGUAGAUGGAACGUUUAAAGUUGUUCCCGAAAUAUUCUAUCAACUUUAUAUUAUUUAUUCUAUUUAUCGUCAACAUGUAAUUCCUGUGGUUUAUGCAUUACUUCGUCGAAAAGAUGCUGAUACAUACAAACGUUUAAUUAACGAAAUUCUUAAAUUUGCACCACAUUGGCUUCCACAAACGAUAAUGUUAGACUUCGAACAAGCCUGUGUUAAAGUUUAUCAAACAAGUUUUCCAAAUGUUGCAUUAUCAGGCUGUUAUUUUCAUCUAAGACAGAGUGUGCAUCGUAAAAUACAGGCACUCGGACAUCAAACAAAAUAUCAAGAUGAUUCCUUAUUUGCACACAAUAUUCAUAAGAUAGUAGCAUUAACAUUUUUAUAA